GGGCCAACCGUUCAGUAUAGCUCAACCCUUUGAGCUGAUUGGAAGUGUGUUUGUGGUGCUCUGAACUCCGGACUUCGUAUAUGGUCUCUCGCUAUAUCGAAUGUUUGUCAACAAAAUACGAAACCAUGUCUCUUCACUUUUGUGAAUGCAACUUCGUAAAAGUGCCACAGAGCUUUAUGUGAAGAAAUCGUACGCAGGUAAUGCAACUGGUGUGAUAAAUUGUUGAAUUUGAGUUUAUAACAGAAUAUCCAGUCACGUGGCCCUAGACCUAGUUACAGCUGUUGACAUCUAAAACCGGCCGAAGGUUACACAUGACGAUGGCUUAUUUAAGCCUAAAUAGCUGCUUCGCCGUACUUCUGAUCUUACAGGCUUGUCCUUCUGGCGUCCUCUCAUGGUCCCGCUCCUUCAAGAACGAAGAUGACUGCCUCGUCUAUUACGCCAACAUGACCGUUGAAGGUGUAUCAUCGCAAUUCUUUAAAAUGACUUCGUCUCGACUGCCUUUUGUAUCGGCCAUAGGAAGAUCGCUGGCAAAGUAUAUCUAUAAGGGGUCCUACUGCCACGCGAUGUGGGAUGGCAUCCUGUGUUGGCCUCCUUCUCCGUACCAAGCUGUGGCCCUUCUCCCUUGCCCCCCCAAUGGCCUGAACUCGAGAGGCAGAACGGCCUACAAGCGCUGCACUCCUGACGGAACGUGGGAAAACGUCGAAGAUCCCACCCUCCUGAAUCACCUGUAUCCCCCCAGGGAGUAUAGGAGUGGGCAUCCUACGGCCUCCGACGCCCCGACCCAUCCAUGUCUCGAUGGGACCGAGGACUCGAACUCGGCCGCGGGCGUCAUCACCGACUACAGCGUCUAUUCCAAAGUCGAGCACAGAUACGCCCAGACCUACGUCAAGGCCACAGUCAUGAACACCGACCCCCACCCGACAACCCUCCCGUUCAAGAUGACCAUGCCAGAGACUGCUUUCUUGUCGUCGCUCGUCAUGGAGAUAGACGGGACGAACUUCACGAGCAGCGUCAAGCAGAAGCCCAUAGCCAGCAGAUCUUAUCAGGUAUCCAAGGAAAGGCCCAAGGACGCUGUUAUUGUGGAACAGAGUGGGAUGAAAGAGGUUAGGGUUAGCGCCAACAUUGUCUCAAGGAAAGUGACAUUUUACAUCAAAUAUGAAGAGCCUCUUCGACGAGUCAACGGACACUAUAUCCACAAGAUUUACAUCAGUCCUGGCAUGAGGAUUCCUGAAGCUGAAGUUAGUAUCCACAUAGUUGGGCAAGAACCAAUUGGUGACUAUCGUAUUCUUGAACUUCCUGGUCAAGAGCUUCAUGGUAACCCUGGGGCUCGUGUGUCGGAGACCUUUGUGAAUGCUGGUGAAGUCAGGGUGAACUACAAACACGUUGGUCCACCAAAUGGGUCUGGGAGAGGUGUGGACGGCACUUUCACCAUCGCCUUCAACCUCAAGAGCCAUAGGAACGGCGGAAUAAUUCUGCGUACUGGAAACUAUUUCAACCACUUCAUCGCUCUGGAUGCCAACGAGAAAAUGCCCAAGUUAGCGACUCACACAGUGUUUGCUUUGGAUGUCUCCAAUUCAAUGGGACAUGGAAAACUGGAUCAGAUGAAGGAUGGCUUGAAAGCAAUCAUCAAGUCCAUGAGCGCUACGGAUUCUUUUGAGAUUUUGGCCUUCUCAUCAGAUGUUGCCACUUUGGGUAUCUUCAAUGGAACCCACUAUCGCAAGGCACUCCGCAGAAUCAAGAAACUUCAGCCCAUGAGUUACUCGAACUUGAAUAUGGCCUACAUGCAGGCACUAAAAAGUGCCAAUCAGUUCGCAGGAACCCUCUCUCCACUUGUCAGACAGAUAGUGGUUAUUACGGAUGGACAUCCAACAAAAGGUAUCGUAGAACCAGCAGUUAUUCGCAGAAAUGUCCGUGACUCCAACAUUAAUGGGUAUCCCAUCUUUGGAAUUGGAUUUGGGCUUGAUACCCAUUUCAGCUUAAUAGAGCAAAUAUCAGCCGACAGUCAGGCCUCAGCUCGACAUUUGAAAAACAGGAAGACGUUAGCCCAAGACUUGGAAAGGUUCUGCAGGGAGGUCUCUCGCCCUAUCUUGACUGACUUCGCCAUAACCUAUCCAGAAGAUGAGGUGGAUCCAGUUUCAGUCUUUAAGAAUGGAAAUUCCAAUUUCUAUUCUGGAGGAGAGGUCAUUGCUGUUGGGAGGAUGUUUGGAGUAAGGAAUGUCCACCCAAGAGUAACAGGUGUGAGCCAAACAGGUGCUGUACAUUUGCAAACACAGCAAACCAAUGAGCCUGACUUUUCCCUGAGUGAAGAUGACAUAACUAAUUCAGCGGUUGUGAGACUCUGGGCUUUUGUAACAAUUCAGAAUCUGACAAAGCAAGCUAAGCUCAGUGAUAAUUAUUCCCACGUGAAGAGACUGUUAGAUCAAGCAACGCACCUUGCCAUGAAAUUCAGGUUUGUGACACUUGUGACGUCACUGGUGGUCAGGGAUGCGACUGGCGAAUACGAAGUGGACUCCGCAUCUGUUGAUUUUCCCCAUCUUCCCAUAAGCCACGGGCCAGCAGCUGCAUACGUUGGACCUCCCAGCAUCAUGCGACCAACACGAAAACAGGCUCUCGCAUAUCAGACGUUCGGUAGGAUACAAUUAGAUCAGGAUCCACACUUUGUUGUCAGUCCACCUGGUCUUAAUAUGCCUCUUUGCUUUGAUUAUCAUGCCCAUGAUGGAGCCUACAUCAGCCUCAUAAGAGAUAAAAGUUCUGGUAUAAUUGUCAAUGGGCAGACGAUGUCUGAUGUCCACAAACCAAAGCUUACAUAUAUAAUUAAGCUGUUCAUUGCCUUGGGUGAUGUGAACAUCACAUUGACACCUACUCAUAUGGAAGUUGACUGUGUUGAUGAUGAUGGAAAUGUGAAGGUGGAUCACAUUACAAAAUCACUGUGGCCAUUCUACAAAAGAAAUGGGAAGAAAUACAAUAAAAGGAUGGCCAAUUUUCCUGCCAGACAAACAUUCCUUCAUGUACGUAAAGAGGAACAUGAUGUAGUAAACAGCACACCGAGUUCAAGUGCUUCACAAGAAAGCAUUAGCCCUACGACGCCUGAAAGUGUGGCAAAUCCCCCACUGAAAUCUUACCCACCAAGAAGGUUACUUAUGGAUGCUGAAAGAUCUCAGGAAGAGGUUCAUUAUGUCAUGAAUUCAGUUGCAGAUGAUUACAUUCCACAUCAUGAACACAGGAACACAAUAAGACGUCAGACUCGAGAUCCUUAUGGCCAUGGUAUGAGACGUUUCACAAGGCAGUCUGGUAGCAGUGAUCACUCAAGCAGACAAGGACAUAUUGACCAGAAUCUCUGCAGUGUUAAUACAACAUGGAAAGAUGGCACUGGUAAAAAGUAUGGUGAUGUAAUGGUUGUUUUAUAUAAAAAGAGAAAUAUGCAUAUAAUGUUUGGGGAUGGGCAAGCCCACUUUGUCGUAGUACGAUCCAAGAAAGAUGACCAACAGUACCUGGGAUUCUAUUUACAAGAUGAAGAGAUUAUGUCACCAAAUACUCAGGGGCUCAUAGGUCAGUUUACUUCGAAGGUCAUCACAGUUAACUCCUCAAUACCUGGUGAACAGCCAGAUGAAAAGUCAAAGGUGGAGUUGCUAGUGCAAAGACGAACAGCAAAGAGAAGACAAAGGCAACGAAAAGCCCGUGUUAUUGGCACCUUCUCAAGCCGUCGAUCUAACCCAGGUCAAGAACAUGUUGAUUGUAUUGCAGUCCGGCAGGGUAGAAGACUGUUAGAUGGAAAGCCUGAAGAUUACCUCUUGAGUUGUCUUUUUUGCUGAAGAUUUGAGGAGUGUCCUUCUAUGAUAGGACUGCUUUAUGUACUAAUGUGCAUCAUCUCCUGUAAAGAUGUACUACUAGUUUAUAUCAAGAAAUGACACUAAUAUCUCACAACAAACCACAUUAUUAAGCCUGACCAAGAAAUACGUUUAUCACGUAUAACUGUUAGAAUUUUCAUAUCACUUCAUAAAAUGAAUGAAUUGAUGCAUAAUUAUUUAUAUAUUACAUACUGUAAUUAGAAAAUUUUGGAUGUGCCUGUUGGCAUUUAAAGGAAACAAUUGGUGUAGGGUCAUUAUAAAAGGUUUCAGUCUUGCAUAAUGAACACACUAAUGAUUUAAGUAUUACAGUUUAAUUUUAACAUACUAGCUUUAAUUAGGAUGAUAAGACUUGCACUGUAACGAAUUGCCCAAAUUACUCACAGAAUGCGUGCAUUUUUAGAAUGUUUAUUGUGUGUAAAUAAGAGUUAUAUAUAAGAUUAUAGCUAUAUAAGUCAGUAUAAUGAAAGUCGGCCUAGAUAUGCACCUAUGUGGAAGUUUGUCAAUGCAAUUUUGCACACUUUUAGAAACCCAAGUGAUAUUACCCUUUCACAAACUUUCAGUCCUAUAAACUUGGAAUUUUGCAGUCAGCACAGUAAGGUCCCCUACAAUACAGGGUUGUGUAUUGUUAGGUGGGGAACAUGUCAGCUUUUGAAUUGCUCUACUUUUUUUUUUAAAUAGGAGAGAGAGAGAGAGAGAGAGAGAGAGAGAGAGAGAGAGAGAGAGAGAGAGAGAGAGAGAGAGAGAGAGAGAGAGAGAGAGAGCAGUGUCUGUUAGCUUUACAAAUGUGAUAAAAAGUGAAGUUUGCUAAAAUCAAUAUAUAUGAACCAAGUUUAUUUCAUAGUACUAUAAGCUUUAUCCUAUAAAGGCUUAUGACCUUGGUAAAGCAUGUUUAUUGGCAAAUUGUGCUGACUAGGUUCUUGCAAGGCUACAUUUGUACAGGAAUGGUAAGGGAGUUUAAAAGGAUGUGGUAUUCAUUCAGUCAUAUUACCUAAGUAAAGUGUUUCAAAUAAAAUAUCCUUGUGUAAA